GUGUCCUGGUCUCGCUGGCCGGCGACAUCGGUCACGCCUCAAAGCUGGAGCAGCGCGCGUGGCAAUGCAGGAGCCGAUGCAGCGCGGUCCCAGAGCCCGGGCGUGUCUUUCGCCGCCAACGCGGGCCAGGGCGAGCCUCGCAAGGUCAUCCCGCGCGUGCAUCGUGCAUACUCCGAGAACAAGCUGCAAGCCAGGAAAGUCCUUGAGAUCGCGAUCGAGGACGCGGAGAGCCCCGAGCCGGAAGAGCCCCCGGAGCCCGCGCCGGAGGCAGUGGAGAAAGUCGCCCCGCCAUCCCCGUCCUUUCGCAACCGGAAGCUGCAGAGCCCCAGCCACGUGAGGUCACCCAGCCAUCGUUCUGACGAUGGUCGGCCCAAGACCCCAAAGACGCCUCAGGAGUCCUCAGGCAAGCUCCUGGAGUCACUCCGGGAUCACCAUCGCGAGGGUGGAUCCCUGGUACCACCGUCGGAGCGUCAUGCGAGCUCAC